AACUUUCAAAUUGUAGCCAUUUGGCACACCAACUUCACAUAUGGCCAUUCUAUACAUGAUAAAAUCGUUGACUUCUUUUUAACACAUGACAAAAUCGUUAACCACACCAAAACAACACCCGUUAACGGAUCCGCUAACACCCGUUAACACCCCGUUAACACCUCCGUUAUUUCUCAAAACGACAUCGUUUCGGUCUUAAAACAAAACUUCAAAAGCUCUCCAAUUCUGAGAAAUUCCCAAAUCGAUUUCAAACCCUAAAAUUUUCAAUUCUCAGCAAUAUCUUCCUUUAAGCUCGAAAUCUUCUUUAUUUUCAUCAAAUUCUCCGCCUUCUACACGAGAUAUGAGUUGCAAGUCAGGUAAUUCGAGUGUUCAAGAUGGAGGUUGCGAGUUCCGUGGGUUUCCUUCAAAGUGUCACUGUGGGUUAGACGUUGUCAUCUACACAUCGAAGACGAAGCAGAACCCAGGAAGACCGUUCUUCCGAUGUCCAACCUUGAAUGAUGACCAUUUGUUUAAAUGGGUCGAAGAUUGUGUGUACGAAGAGGUUGUAGACACUAAGUCGAAAAUUUCCAUCAUUGACAAUGAGAUAAACAAUGCAAAAUCUGAGGUUCAAGUCGAGAUUUCAGAGUUAAAGUGGAUGAUCAAUGAAUUGAAGGAAAAUGGAACGUGGAGCAAAAGAGAAAUUAAGAGAAUCAAAGUGUGGUUGGUCUGCAUUUGUUUAACUGUUACUGUAAUUGUGAUCCUACUGUUGUUUACUACCAAAAACCAGAAUCUUGUUAUAGGAUACUAGUUUCUUUGUUGUUUGGUAUGAGUUUUAGUUGUUUGGUCUUUAGUGUUGUGUCUUGCUUUAAUGAAAUGCUAUUUUGGCUUUGUGA